AAAGCGGGGCUCAAAGCUCCCUCUCGAGUUUGCAGCGGCCGGUCUCUGGCGGGUCUCUAGCGAGCACUGCAGAGAGUCGGAAGUAGCGCGCCUGACCGUCCGCAGCAUCUCGCCGCCGCGUCCCUAGGCCAGGGCGCCCGGCCACCUGCCCACCCGCCCCCUCCGCGGGUGCGACCGACCGCGCCCUCGCGCCCCGGCCAGCGGGCCCUGCGCGCACCCCGGCCGUCUGGCACCUGGCUGUGAACCCCUGUGGCUGCCAAGGCAGCGGACCGCGGCGCGCACCUCUCACCUGUUGAGCAGAGAACAGCAACCGUCGGUCUACUUGGGAGAACCCCCUCCCUUUUCUGAGCACGAACGAAAGAUGUCGAAUGGAUAUUGCGCAGACAGGAGUUUCUGCUACCUCCUCUCGUGUUUCAGGACCAGAGUGAAAACGUACAUCCAGGUGGAGCCCGUACUGGACUACCUGACCUUUCUCCCUGCAGACUUGAAGGAGCAGAUUCAGAGAAUGGCCGUCACCGCUGGGAACAUACACGCAGCGGAACUGCUUCUGAGCACCUUGGAGAAGGGAGUCUGGCCCCCGGGCUGGGCUAGACAAUUUGUGGUGGCCCUUCAGAGAGCAGGCAGCGUUUUAGCCGCCCGCUACCUGAACCCAGAGCUCACCGACUUGCCCUCUCCAUCCUCUGAGAACGCUCAUGAUGAGUGUCUCCAGCUGCUGAACCUCCUUCAGCCCUCCCUGGUGGACAGAAUUCUGGUUAAAGAUGUCUUGGAUAAGUGUGUGGAGGAGAAACUGUUGACAAACGAAGACAGAAAUCGGAUUUCUGCUGCAGAAAGCAAUGGAAAUGAAUCAGGUGUAAGAGAGCUACUGAAAAGGAUCGUGCAGAAAGAAAACUGGUUUUCUGCAUUUCUGACUGUUUUGCGUCAAACAGAAAACUAUGCCCUUGUCGAGGAGCUAACAGGCACCACUUGCUUUGGAAGCAAUGCAGGGACUGAGAGUUUAUCACAAGAAGAUGGCCCUGAAGUUAAAGAGGGGGUUCUUGCAGCCACGGGUCAGCUAAGUCCAGACAAAGAAGGUCGGGACAUGGAGACUCACUCACUGGAAUCGUCUUUUGCGGAUCCUUGUGUAAUUUCAGAAUCAGACACAAGUUUGGCAGAAGGAAGUGUCAGCUGCUUAGAUGAAAGUCUUGGACAUAACAGCAACAUGGGCAGUGAUUCAGGCACCAUGGGAAGUGAUUCAGAGGAAGAAAAUGUGGCAGAAAGAGCAUCCCCUGAGCCAGAACUGCAUCUCAGGCCCUACCAAAUGGAAGUUGCCCAACCAGCCUUGGAGGGGAAAAAUAUCAUUAUAUGCCUCCCUACAGGGAGUGGGAAAACCAGAGUGGCUGUUUACAUUGCCAAGGAUCACUUGGACAAGAAGAAAAAAGCAUCUGAACCUGGAAAAGUUAUAGUCCUUGUCAAUAAGGUACCACUAGUUGAACAGCUCUUCCGCAAAGAGUUUGAACCAUUUUUGAAGAAAUGGUAUCAUACUAUUGGAUUAAGUGGUGAUACCCAAUUGAAAAUAUCAUUUCCAGAAGUUGUCAAAACCUAUGAUGUUAUCAUCAGUACAGCCCAGAUCCUUGAAAACUCCCUUUUAAACUCAGAAAUAGGAGAAGAUGAUGGUGUCCAGUUGUCAGACUUUUCCCUCAUCGUUAUUGAUGAAUGCCAUCACACCAACAAAGAAGCAGUCUAUAAUAACAUCAUGAGGCGUUACUUGAAACAGAAGUUGAAAAACAAUAAACUCAAGAAAGAAUGCAAACCAGUGAUUCCCCUACCUCAGAUACUAGGACUGACAGCUUCACCAGGUGUUGGAGGAGCCAAAAGGCAAGCUGAAGCCAAAGAACAUAUUUUAAAAAUAUGUGCCAAUCUUGAUGCAUGUACCAUUAAAACUGUGAAAGAAAAUAUAAAUCAACUCAAAGGCCAAAUAAAAGAGCCAUGCAAAAAGUUUGCAAUCGCAGAUGACACCAGAGAAGAUCCAUUUAAAGAUAAACUUGUAGAAAUAAUGACCAGGAUUCAAAGUUUUUGUGAAAUGAGUCCAAUGUCAGAUUUUGGAACUCAACCCUAUGAACAAUGGACCAUUCAAAUGGAAAAAAAAGCUGCAAGAGAAGGAAAUCGCAAAGACCGAGUUUGCGCAGAGCAUUUGAGGAAGUACAAUGAGGCCCUACAAAUUAAUGAUACAAUUAGAACGAUUGAUGCCUAUAAUCACCUGGAAGCUUUCUAUAAUGAUGAAAAAGAAAAGAAGUUUGCAGUUCAAGAAGAUGAUAGCGAUGAGAGUGGUGAGGAGGGUAACGAUGAUGGUAACGAAGAUGAGGAUGAUGACAAGAAGCCUUUGAGAGUGGAUAAGACAGAUAGAUUUCUCAUGGAUUUAUUUAUAGAAAACAAUAGAAUGUUGAAAAAGCUGGCUGAAAACCCAAAACAUGAAAAUGAGAAGCUGACCAAAUUAAGAAACACCAUAAUGGAACAAUACACAAGGACUGAGGAAUCAGCCCGAGGAAUAAUUUUCACAAAAACACGACAGAGUGCAUAUGCCCUUUCCCAGUGGAUUACUGAAAAUAAAAAAUUUGCUGAAGUUGGCGUCAAAGCCCAUCAUCUGAUUGGAGCUGGACACAGCAGUGAGUUCAAGCCCAUGACACAGAAUGAACAAAAAGAAGUCAUUAGUAAAUUCCGCACUGGAAAAAUAAAUUUGCUUAUCGCUACCACAGUGGCAGAAGAAGGUCUGGAUAUUAAAGAAUGUAAUAUUGUUAUCCGUUAUGGUCUCGUCACUAAUGAAAUAGCCAUGGUCCAGGCCCGAGGUCGAGCCAGAGCUGAUGAGAGUACCUACGUCCUGGUUGCCCACAGUGGUUCAGGAGUUAUUGAACGUGAGAUAGUUAAUGAUUUCCGAGAGAAAAUGAUGUAUAAAGCUAUAGACCAUGUUCAAAAUAUGAACCCAGAGGAGUAUGCUCAUAAGAUUUUGGAAUUACAGAUGCAAAGUAUAAUGGAAAAGAAAAUGAAAAUCAAGAGAAGUAUCGCCAAGUAUUACAAGGAAAACCCAUCGUUAAUAAAUUUCCUCUGCAAAAACUGCGGUGUGGUAGCCUGCUCUGGGGAAGACAUCCAUGUAAUUGAGAAGAUGCACCAUGUCAACAUGACACCAGUAUUCAAGGAACUCUACAUUGUGAGAGAAAACAAAGCCCUACGAAAGAAGUUUGUAGACUAUCAAACAAAUGGCGAGAUUAUCUGCAAAAUAUGUGGCCAAGCUUGGGGAACGAUGAUGGUGCACAAAGGCUUAGAUUUUCCUUGUCUCAAAAUAAAGAAUUUUGUAGUGGUUUUCAAAAAUAAUUCACCGAAGAAACAAUACAAAAAGUGGGUGGAAUUACCGAUCACAUUUCCUGAUCUUGACUAUUCAGAAUAUUGUUUGUUAAGUGAUGAGGACUAACAUUCGAUUUGAGACUCUUUAAAAAAUAUUAUCAUCUUAACAUUUACUUUGAUUUUGAUGAGUGUUUUUACUAUACUACAGAACUGAUGUGAGGAUUAAUAAAGUCAUUGCCUUACUUGGUGUUGAGCUGCAUGGAGGAAGAUAAUGUAUUAUGCUUUCAAGUAUCUAUCUUGUUGUUGGGCAGGGGUAAAGAACACCUAGCAGUAAUACGCAUUAGUAUGGAGCAUUAUGGGACUGUGGAAAGAAUGCUAGCAUAUAAAGGAGGCAUCCAAGGUACCACUAUCAGUCCUGUCACACCAAUCUUCACGAUGAAAUUAACCAAAUCAGUUCAUCUUUCUGAACCAGUGUCCUUAUUCGUGAAAUCAUCAUAGUAUUAUUUACCUUUGCUUUCAUUAGCUUUCUACUGCUACACAACAAAUUAGCACAAACUUAGUGGCUUAAAACAACAGUCCUUUAUUAUUACACAUGUUCUGUAGGUCAGAGGCCUGGACAGAGUCCUCUGCACAGGGUCUCAGAGACUGAAAUCAAGUUAUGAAACAAGUGAUGUUUUUCAUCUGGAUGUACUGGAUGAACAUUGAAUCACUUCCAAGCUCUUUCAAGUUGUUGGCUAUCAUUUCCUUGAAGAUGAAGAUGGGGAUUCCUGUCUUCUUGCUAGCUGUCCACUGGGGAUCACUCUGAACAGGUAGGGCUGCCCUCAUCAUGUGACUUGCUCAUAGACCUUUUAUAGCACAGCUAUUUGCUUCUUCAAAGCCAGCAGGACAAUCUCUCUCUUGUCUGCUAAGAUAAAAUCACAGGAGUGACUAUGUCAUAUUCAUAGAUCCUGCCCACACUCAAAGUUAAGGGAUUUUGAGGGCAUAUACACCACACCAGCAGACGGAAAUCUUGGAGGCCGUCUAAGAAUUCUGCCUCUCAUACCACUUGCUCAGCUUUUGUGAGUAAGUGAUAUAUGUAUUCAUAUGAAAAGCACUUUGAAAAAUAUUAAAGCACCAUGAAAAGCAAGGUACCAUGAAGAAGCAGCAUCAGGUAGCUUAAGUCUUAUUUUUUCAGCUUUCCCUCCAUAAACACAGAAAUGGUGGCUAAGUCCAGACUAUUUAUUAAUACUUGUAAGAUUACCUAUGUCAGUAGAGAUGUCUAGGGUUCACAAAGGAUGUUAGCAGGGAGCAGAUGCUUGAUGUUAUUAGAGAAAGUAUCUACCUCCACUUGUCCCUAACACCAGGUAGAAGGGUAACCUCUCCGUGACUGUGAUAUUUUCAGCUUUUCUGAAGUAUGAUUAUUUGGAGAUAGGCACAAGGUGCAGCAUUCAGAACAUUCUCACAGUAGAGACAAACAACCUCUUUUGCCAUGGAAGAGCCACAUGAUUGAGACUGAUUCACAAUUGACCAUUUUAACCCACACUUACUCAGAUGAUCUGCUGCAUGGAAAGUGUUACCUUCUGUGACUAAAGAGAAACAAAAUGUUGGAGGGAAUGAGAAAGAAAAUUCUGUGGUUUUGAUGGAUUAAUUAAAUUCAGUCUAACAUUAGCUUUUCUUAAUAAGAACCAAGCAAAGAUGAAUAUUAACCAAUGAGAGCUCUUGGGACAAAGAAGAUUGUGGUUUUCUUAAAAUACUUUUAAAACCUCCAGCUGACUCCAUUUAAAGUACUGCUGUCUUCUAGAACAUUUUGGAAACUAUGCAGGAAACCAAAUGCAUAAAAUAGCUAAAUGUACUACUGUAACAUAUGUAGACUGUUUUUGAGGUGUCAACAAAUAUCAGGUUUUUUCAUCUGUGUUUUCCAGUAAAUUUUUUUUUCAAUAAAGAAGUGUUAUCUUUACCUCAAAGUUUUGAAAUACGUGUUCCAAAUAGUAUAAAACUUAAUAUGUGAUGGUACCUGAAAACUCAAAUUAUGAUGCAUGUAAUAAUUGUAGCAUUUUGAUUGAUCGUUACCGAACAGUUUAAUACUUAGAGUAUUUGGAUAUCAUUUACAGGAUAGCCUCAUGACAUGUAGAUAUCAACCUGGAGUUGGAAGGCCUAGGCCUAGUUUUAGUCCCCAUGAAACCUUCAGUUAUUUGGGGCACUUUGGGCAACCUCAUCUCACAGGUGCUGUGUUUCCUCUCCUGGAAAAUGAGAGACUGGAUUGAAUGGUAUUAAAGGUCUCUUACAAGUCUAACAUUACCAUUCUCUAUGCUUCUGGCUCCCUCGCUGCUUUCAUUUUAAGACCUUGUCUCAUGACUUGUGGUAAUAUCAGCUGUGGGCUAAAUACCUGGCAGGCAUAUGACACAUUUGAAAGUAACUCAUAUCUGCUAAAGGGCAGUUGCGGGGGUCUCACAGGAAAGGUCCAUUGGCUGGAGUCCUGUGUCUCAAAGUGGGUUGGAAAUGCCUGAAAGUGUCAGGAGAUUUUAGAGCAAGCAUUCCCAAGCCAGUAGAUCAGUGACCAACUUUGUGGGUAAGAGAUGUCAAGGUUUUAUACCAAAAGUUUGAGAUCAUUUGAGACCCUAUGAAAUUAAAAUACAAUAAUUUACAGUUCAUACAAACAUUUGAAUGUAAGACAUUGAGGCAGCACGUAAGUGAAUAAGAAAUGUUUGCUCAAAGGACCAUGAGUACAUGUCACAAGCAGUUGUUGAAAGCAUAAAACACUGCAAUUUAAUAUCUCAGAGUGUUUGUUAUGCCUUAGGGAAAAGAAGGCUUCUGGUGGUAUUUUCAGUUCAGUGGAACAUCAAGCCAAAGAAGAUUUAAAGUUUCCCAUCAUUGUUGCUUUUAAGAUGUGAAGAAUUCGAACACACUUAUGUGCAGAUGGGAAAGAAUAAUAAAGAGUGAGAGAAUAGUAAAUUGCUUGUUGGGUGUUAUUGAUAAAUCCUGACAAAUGAUGCUGCUACAGUCUUUUUCUGGGCACCCUGAUCCUUUCUCAACAGUGCGUCUUUUACACGCUUUCUCCCUUUUUCGCCAUCUCUCCAGCUGACAUCCUUUAUGUUCCACACAGAUGAAACCCAUGUGGCACUUUCCAGCAUCUAGCACAGUUCGCGUUUUCGGAACUAGAAUGUUGGGAUGAGCACUGGGUAUUGUAUGUAAGUGAUGAAUCACGGGACUCUAUCCCCAAAACCAAAAGCACACUGUAUACACUGUAUGUUAGCCAACUUGACAAUAAAUUCUAUUUAAAAAAAUAAAAAAAUAAAUAAAAGGAAGCAGAUUAGAAAAAAAAAAAAAAAGAAGAACUAGAAUGGAAAGAACAUGCAGGGGGAAUAAUAUUCACUCACCCUGAGCAUAACAAAGUGCUUGUUUCCAAAGCCUGAUAAACAAUUACAUUAGUCACAGCAGUAAAGUAAAACAAACAAACAAAAAAACAAGAAAAUUAUUUCAUUUCCUUCUAAGAGUUAUAAAGUUAAUUUGAAAUAACCAUGAAAUAACCAUAAGCUUCUUCAGUCUCCUUCAGUUUGUGAAUUUCUCCUUAAUUUGUCAUACUAGAUAUAGAAUUUUACAUCUUUGUUUUUGUGGGGGAGAGCAUGGACUGAGAUAUAAUUGGGUUUGGAUCCUCAGUAGCUUUGUGACUUGGGCAAGUCACUUGAUCUCUCUGAGACUAUAGUUAGUACCAACCUUGAGGGACUGUCAUGAGAAUUUGGAUAUUGCAUGGAACAUACCUAGCAUUUGGCAUUUAGUAGGAAUUAACGUAUAGAACAUAGUAGUGAGAGUGGCCAGAAAAGCAACAAUAGUUGUAAUAGAACAGCUGUAGGUAUAGCAUAAAAAUAGUAAAUUUUAGAUUUAUGUUUGAUAAUAAGUAGGUUACCUACAGGACUAGAGUUCCCACAUCCAACAUUUAGCCUAGAGGGCUUAUCCAAGAGCUAAGUGGUAGCUGUAAUGAAACAUGAUUGCUCUGAAUGUGCUAUUCAUUGUCAGUGGAGGGAAGAUUUAAUGUCCAUAUCUGUAGGCCAACAAAAAAACAGGUUUCAGCGUGGACACAAAGAUCAGCACUGAUUUAUUAAGUGGUUAUAGGGCUUCACUAGGUCUAUUAUGUAGGUACAAUUUUAAUGAGAUCCCGUCUUUAUCUUCAAGAAUAAUGUGAUAGUGUUGCUGUAUUGACCUGCCCAACAAUUGCAAGAGAGAGGGGUUGUAGCAUGUCAACAGUAAUUUUUGUCCAACACAAAUGAUGAUUGUCUUUUAUUUGUUUCUAAAUCCUUAAACUUUUUAGUCGGAGCAUAUGAAAUAUGAAAUACACAUGGAAAGCACUGCAGAUAUUUUUUGUAAUUUUUAGAUAUUUUCCACAUAGAGCAUUACCAAGUUCUUCUUUAUAGAAAUUAAUCAUCCCAGAAGCAUCUCAUUUGAAGAUGAAAUUGGCUGUGAGUCCUAUUAGUUCAUAAUUUUAAAAUCCAAAUUAAAGACCAGAUCCUCGGUGGGACUAUGGGAAGAGAAACAGACUUUAUAGGAAGUAAUAUUUAACCAUGCAGUUGGAAUACAUUUGGGCCACUAUUUAAGUUGAAUAUGUUUGAUGAAGUAUAUUAGUUUUUACGUACUAAUCUCAUAAAUGGACUUGAUUUUGACACUUACGAAAAAAUUGUAUUUAAUUCAGUUGUAUGUAUAAAAUAAUACUGAACCAAAGAUGAGCAUUGUUUCAACUUAAGUAUUUCCUUCAAACACUGUCUUCUUCUGUCUCUUACGAAGCUUGUACUUUACUAUAAACACAUAGCAUGAAUGGACUGUUGGAUGGUUAGUUCCUUCAUUUUGAUUCACUUAACAGGUCAUAACAAUGAUCAUAACUCAUCAAGCUGUAAGGAUUUGCAUAACACUAAAAUGCCCAAAACAACUGAUUAUUGUUAUCCUGGACAGGGUUGUCCACCUGAGAUUAAUAUCACUUCAGUACCACACCAAUGUUUCUAUUGCUAAAUUUACUUUUUUUCUUUGCAUUUUACCCAGGUUUAUAAUUUCAUGACUUUACUUUGCACAAUUUAUACCAAUAACUGUGAUAACCUGUUGAGUUCACAGUCGCAACUUUCAAAGGAUUUAUCUCAUUUGACAAGUGUAUCUCAAAUCUUGUGAUGUUUCUUGUGUUUAAUUAGACUAAAUGGCUUAUUCUAUUGAAAGCUACUAACCUCAUGGUGAUAGCUCACUUAAGGCCCUAGAUUUUGUAAUGAACAACUUGGUUCAGUGUUUUAUUGUUAUCACUCAUUUAUUUUGGGAUAAAAUGCAAUCCUCAAAUGACUAACUGCAAGAAACAAACAAAAACCUGUCAUUCCAUGUAAAACAUUGUGUUCCAUGCAAGAGAAGAAAAAGAAGAGAAAAUGAAGGUAAAAAGGGAAUAGACAGAA